UACAGCGCGCGCCGCCGCGGCAGUCUUCGGUAGAGCUUUCUAAUGACCUCAGGCGUUCUGUGCUGCGCGGUAAAACAUCUCACUCUAAACUGAUACAAAGUUAGCCGCUAUUGUUCAUAAUACAGUUGUUUAAACGUGUGGUUAAGCCUUUCCCCAAGGACAGGCGCACAAGUCCCACGGGAGCUUGCGUCACUAAAAUGAACUCUAUGCGUUGAAGGAUAACUUUGUUUAUAAUCAUCAAAACACAGCGGGUAUAACAAUGAGAAGAAAAAUAUGAAAAACUAUAUUACAAUUAUAAUGUAAUUAUGAAAAGGAUUUUCCGUUUGGAGACAAAGAGAAACGAAAAUGGCAUUCUUACAUUUUUUUCAUUGUUACUGUAUUUACUCCCAAUUUACGGAGCUCAAAAUACCUUGGAAUGUACAGAGUUGAUACAAAAUAAUAAAUGCACAUGUUAUAUUUUUGAAAAUGCUGUAUAUCUUGAUUGCCAGGAUACGAGUAUAAAAGAUGUUAAAAAUGCACUGAAAAGUAUGACAAAUGUGCAUUCUUUAUCUAUUUACGACCUCGAUGAGAGCGACGAUGUAUUGGGACCACAUUUUAUACCGCAAGGCGCUUGUAUCAAACAUAUUCACAUAUCGCGAACUAACAUAAGAGCGAUAGACGAUGAAACAUUUACGCCGCUGAGAAAGUGCCUUGAAACAUUAAGUAUUGUAUCGAGCAAAAUUAAGUUUAUACCACAAAAAGCACUUUCCGGUAUGCUUAAGCUUUUGUCACUUGAACUAAUUUCAAAUUAUAUCGAAGAGAUUCCAAGCUAUAAUUUUUACGGACUUCCAUUAAUUAAAUUAAAUAUAAAAGGAAACAUCGUUCGACGCAUAUCUGAUACUGCUUUUACAUCUUUAGAAUUGUCACUAUCAGAAGUAGAUCUCAGUGAAAACAAUCUGACUUCAUUCCCAAUCGUUUCUAUAGCUAGUUUAAAAAACCUCCGAAGCUUAAAACUAGCCUGGAACGAAAUUUUUUCAAUAGAAAACACUGAAAAUACAAACCUUGAAUGCUUAGAAUAUUUAGAUUUGAAUUCCAAUAAUUUUGAAUUUAUUUCAGAAGACUGCCUUAAAUUUAGUCCGUCCUUAAAAGAGUUAUCAUUUCAUUUUAAUUUUAUUGCAAAUGUACACCACCGAGCGUUUUACUCACUAGUGAAUCUAAAGUCUUUAGAUUUGAGCCACAAUAGAAUCAAAAUACUACACUCAAAUAUAUUUCAAAACAAUAAAAAUUUAGAACUAAUAGAUUUAAGUCAUAACCAUUUGCACCAUAUUCAUGGCCUACUCUGCAAUAUGCCGAUUCUGAGCAAAAUAUUUUUAAGUCAUAAUAAUGUACUUGAAGUGCCAAUAGACUCCUUUUUUAAUUCUACUAAAAUAAGCGUGAUACAAUUAGAUAAAAAUUGCAUACACAAUAUAAACAGUGAGAGCUUUAGUGAUUUAGAAAGUUUAGAAGAACUGCAAUUAGAUUUUAACUAUUUAAAUGAAGUGCCACAUAGUAUUUUGUUGAAUAAUAGAAACCUGACGAAAUUAAGAUUAGACAAUAAUAAUUUUAGUGAUAUAAACAAUAGUACCUUAGCAACCCUAAAAAAUCUUAAGGAACUUAGAUUAAACAAUAACUGGCUCAAAUUGAUUUCAAAACAAAUGUUCAUAAAUUCCUUCGGGUUAGAAGAAAUAUACCUAAAUCACAAUAAAAUAAGUUUUAUUGAAACAGGAACGUUUAAAAAAAUGUUGAAUUUGAAAUAUAUUUCUCUGCACAAUAAUAAUCUUGUUGAGAUAAACGAUAUAUUACCUAACGUCAAUUCAAAAAUACUUUUAUUUUAUCUUGACUUUAACCAAUUAACUUCAAUAAAUAAUAUAGUAUUGGGGUCACAAAAAAGAUUGCAUCAGUUAAGCUUGAAAAAUAACCGUUUAAAAUUUAUAGCAAGAAAUACUUUUAGCAAUCUUACAUAUCUAACACGCUUAGAGUUAAGCAAUAAUGAACUUUUAAUUAUAGAUGAUUUUUCCUUUCAAAGAUUAAACUCUGCGCGUUAUUUAAAUUUGCAGCACAAUAUGAUAAAAAAUAUAACGAGUUAUACGUUUUUUGGUCUGAGUGAAUUAGAAGAUUUAGAUUUAUCACACAAUAAAAUAGUAUAUAUUUUUGACAUGGCCUUUGACACUUUGAAAAAAUUGAGAAUUUUAAAUAUAUCGUUUAACCCUCUAAGAAUUCUUCAUAAAAACAUAUUCCAGCAUGGACUACCGUUAAGUUCGCUAUUAUUAGACACAUGUGAAAUAGAAUUUGUAGAAAAUGGUACAUUUCAGGGUUUAAAUAACUUAAAACAUCUCUCGCUUAAAAACAACUUACUAAAAUCCAACGACUUACUUUGUCUUGAAAUACCAGGCUUAAAACAUUUGACUCUAUCGUACAAUAUACUUGACUAUCUACCUAUGCAGGCAUUCUCAAAUCUGCCACUUUUAGAAAUCCUUUUCCUAGAACACUGUAAUAUUGAAAAAAUUAUAGAAGGUACUUUUAUAAAUAACAAAAACCUAGAAAAACUUAACUUAGCACAAAAUAUAAUUGGUAAUAUUCCAGAAAAACUGUUUAGCGCUUUCAAUUCUAUAUCAGAAUUGAAUGUAAGUAAUAACUUUCUAGACUAUGUGCCAUAUAACGUCUUUGAUAACUUUACAUCAAUCGAAUCUCUUGAUAUUGCUGAUAACUUAAUACCAAAAUUAGAAAUAAGUGGUUUUGAAAAACUUGUCAAACUCAAAUCAUUAAUAUUACGUAAAAAUGAAAUUGAAUUAAUCACAAGCAGUAAAAAGAUAACUUUAAAUGAAUUAACACUUUUUGACGUUAGUUAUAAUAGAUUAGAUCAUUUACCUAAACAAUUAUUUGAAAAUUUCCCAAAUAUACAAAAUAUUAAUAUUUCACACAAUAAUAUAAUUCGUUUUGAUUUUUUAAUGUCCAAAACAUUAGGAGUGUCACUUAUAAAUAUGGAUCUUAGUAAAAAUCCGGCAGUUAGUUGGACUACAACUAAUAAUACUGAAAAUAACACUCUACUUGCCAAUUUAUACGAAUUGCAUAUUUGUUUUACAAAUUUAACGAUUAUAGAGGAUGUUACUUUUGAAUUAUUUAUAAGCUUACAACAUUUAUAUUUAAACUUUAAUAAAAUUCGACGUUUAUCGAUAAGCCCCUUUUCUAAACUAAUAUUUUUAGAGAAUUUAGAUUUGAGUGUCAAUAGAAUUACUCAUCUGAAAACUAGUAAUUUUCGUGGGCUUAUCAAAUUGAAUUCUUUAUGUAUAUCUAACAAUAAUGUAGAAUCAAUGGAAUCUUUUGACGAAGAUUUAAGCAACUUGAAACUUUUAGACCUUUCUUACAAUAAAUUACAAAAUAUAAUAAAUGAACAUUUUAUCCACUUAAAAGAAUUGACUGUUUUAAAUCUAGCUUACAAUAAUAUUAAAUAUCUAUCAGCUACUUCAUUCAAUAAUCUCAAUAAAAUCAUAGAAAUCGAUUUGGAGCACAAUAAACUCCAAACAAUACCCAUGGAAUUACUUACAUCUAUAGAAAACCAUGUACAAGAAAUUUCUAUCAAAGAUAAUGUAAUAAUAUGUCGUUGCCAAAAGAAUAAUACGUGGACGUGGAUUCAGGAUCAUCCAAAGAUAAUAAAACCAUAUUCAGUAAUUUGUUUCAACGAUGACUACCCACGAGAAAAGUGUGAUUUUCCACUAAUCGUUCAUUUAUCUAUUGACAAACACAAUGAUAAUUCUGUCUUAGUAACGUGGUUAAUAAGAAAUCGCACAGCGUUAAAGGCCUUAAAAAUAUUAUAUUAUAAUGAAAACGUAGAAUCUAAUGUAAAACUAAAAGUGGUGGAGAAAAAUACUAUGUCGACACUUAUUACUGAGUUGCAAACGAAUAUGCAUUAUAUUGUAUGUUUACUUACAAUGUAUGAAGAUUCUGUGAUAAACUUCGAAGAAGAUAAUUUCAUGUUCACUAACUAUACUGAUUCAGGAAAUAACGUAACUUCAAAUAUGGAUCGUAAUAUUGUAAACACAUUGAUUGCACAGUCACCUGCCAGUGAAUGUGUAUCGUUCGAUACAAUGAAAAAGCCAUUGACUGUUAAAAUAAAAACAAAUAAAGGAUUUAAAAUGUCAUCAAUAUUAAACCGACGCACUGGAUUAAUAGUUGGAUGUUGUUUGGGUUUCAUUGUGUUUUUUAUUAUGGUAACUGUUUUAUUGUACACCAAAGUGAAAGAGAGAAAGAGAAUAGCUAAGUCUGAUCCGGCAUGGUCGGAAAUGAAUGAUUAUCAUUCUAUGCAAAGUAAAGAGGAUAUACAAGAAUCAACUACUGCUUCAACUGAUAACAUUUUGUUAGGGAUGGCUAAAAAUCGUACUAUAUCUUUUGAUAAAAUCAAAUAAUUAAAUUAUUAGACAGCAACUUUCAACGAUAAAAUUUACCUUAAUCUGACAUCAAUUCAAUAUUUGACUUUAGUAUCUCUUUGAUUGAUUAGGGUAUUUAUUACCAGCAAAUCAUCAUAUAACUGAUGGUCAAUUGUUCUUCUGGUUACCUUUUUAUCUAUAAUUAAAAAUAUACUGCUAGUUUCAUUUGAAUAUAAUAGUAAAGAAUUAGUAACUUAUUAUGAAAAUAGAUGCUUAUUAUUUUGGUGCUUAGUAAUUAUUGUAGGUUUAGGUAAUGUUAUAGAACAUGACAUGACGUAGAUUAAUUAUUUAUUUAUAGAUAAUGAUGUAGAAGUUAUUUAAAAGUUAAAAAUAUAAUUAUUUAAAUUGUUUAUAAAUUUAGUACAAUGUAGAUGAGAAGUAUUUAUUAAAUUGU